UGGGGCAGGACGGAGGUAAGUGGAGCGGCCUGGUACUGUCUACUUUUCUCCUCCUCCUUCUUCUCCUCCCCCUGGAGUGCGGACCCACGACUCCCAGCUGGCCUCGGGAGCUCCGGGGGUGGGAGCGGUGAAGGUGCAGGAAGAGCGGCUGCGUCGCGUGGCAUUUAGGGAGUCUGAGGAUCAUGAAAUGGACAAGCUCUUGCAACUUGGCGGCUUGUUACACCGUUUUGGCGCGGGGAGCCGUUUUCGGCGUUUGCAUUUAAAGCCGGGGCUCACCUCCGAAGCUUUCCUGUCUCAUGAAGAUCUAUCAUCAAUGAUAGGGGACUUGUUACUGGUGUGUUGGCUGUCCCUCCCAGUUUUUUGUCAGCUCCAAAUUUGUUUGCAGGUUCUUUCUAUCUUGUAUGAUAUGCAAAAAUGUCAGAGGAUUUAAGGAAAAGAUUCGAGUUUCCCAAUUCCCUUAUCCAGUCACAGGCUGUAGGUCACCUUAUUGCUGCAGUAUUGAAAGAAAAUAGUUUGUCAGAAAAGAUCAACCAAUCUACAAACCAGACUCCUGCUUUGAAUCUCUUGUGGGAGAAGUGUUGCAGUGACAAUGUUGUGGUUCGAACUGCCUGCUGUGAGGGUCUGGUGGCACUUGUUGUACAGAAUCAUGCUGAGUUCAGCUACAUUCUUAAUGGAAUACUCAACCUUAUCCCCUCAACCAGAAAUACACAUGGCCUAAUAAAAGCUGUUGUGAAGUUAUUACAAAUGCAAGCACUGAAAGAAGGAAAGGAUGGAGAGAAUGCUGUGAAAGAUUUGUAUGGCAUCCGAAACCAUCAUCAUCCUCUCAUCACUGUGCUUGAAAACAGGUCAGAUUGCUGGCCAGUUCUUCUACAACAGCUUACAGCUUUUUUUCAGCAGUGCCCAGAAAGAUCAGAAAUUUUAUGCAUCUCUAUAAUGGCCCCAUUUCUCCGUUACCUUUAUUGUGAACCAUCCCAGUUACAGGAGUAUUCCAAAUUGAGGAUGGGUUUGCUUAAAGUGUUGCUCCAACCCAAGGGACCUGGUGAUAAAGAAAAACCCUCCUUAAUGGAAAAACAUGUUCUUCAGUUGUUUUGUGACUUGGUUCCAUAUUUACAGGUGAAAGAUUUGGUACAAACAACAGAAGUGACACUGUUUCUUCAAGAAUUAUAUUUGAAUCUUUUACGUCAUCCUGUUUUCUGGGAAAAGGAGCUCAUCCAGCUAAGCCUGCAAAUUCUGUGUGUUUGUGAAGUUAGCCUAAAGAUAACUGGAGAGUGUUCAUCUUUAAUUCACCUUUUAGAGCAAAAUUUUGAACUUCUGAAAGAGGGAUUUCCAGUUGAACAAGCAAUAAUUGGAUUAAGUUUACUCAUCCUACAGACACCCACAAGUCAGCACAAACCAAUCCUAAAUCUAGCUUUGAAACUCCUCUCCUCUCCGGGGACCAAGAACAUCCCAACCUCAUCCCUGCUGCUGGUGAUGCCACUGCUGCAGAUUUUGUCAUCCACAGCCUUGGAGGAUUGUAUUUCAGCAGAAGAUGGCAGCCCUUCUAGACAAGAGCUGGCUCUAACCCUCUUGGAAAUGGUUCAACAGGAGGGCUCCAGAGAACAAAACCAGUUGACGUCCUAUAAGCUUGCUUUCCCUGUAACCAGCAUGUAUUAUCCGAUGUUUACAACCUGGAGAAUCCUUGAACAAAUGAAAGAAGAGUCCACAGUAUGUGAUUGGCUGUCUUCUGUGAAAUCAUUGCUGCCUAUUGCCACCCAUGUUCCUGUACAUGUUUUCCUUCUGUUGGCCCACUUGCUCGUUCAAGAAAAAGGAGAGAGUCUUCGCAAUGUACUUAGGACCACCACUGAAAUAGCCAAAGCUGACUCCUCUCAGGUACCAAAUCUUGUCCCUGUGUUGAUGUUCAAACUUGGAAGACCACUGGAACCUAUUUUGUAUAAUGACAUUUUGUAUACUCUCCCUUCUUUGGGAGUCCAUAAGGUUUGUGUUGCACAAAUACUGCGCGUGAUCCAGGUUCUGGGAAAUACUCCACAACUUAGAGCUGUCACUUUACGCUUAAUGACAUCUUUGUGGGAGAAACAGGAUCGUGUGUACCCAGAACUGCAGCGGUUCAUGGCAUUGUCUGACGUCCCAUCUUUAUCUGUGGGCAAAGAGACACAGUGGGAGAAGCUGAUUGCCAAAGCAGCCUCCAUCAGGGACAUCUGCAGACAGAGACCAUACCAGCAUGGGGCAGAUAUGUUGGCAGCUAUUUCACAGGUGUUGAAUGAAUGUACCAAGCCUGAUCAGGCUACUCCAGCAGCCUUAGUAUUACAAGGUCUUCACGCGCUCUGCCAAGCUGAGGUUGUUUGCAUUCGUUCCACAUGGAGUGCCCUCUCUCCAAAGCUGAGUUGUGACACACGGCCUCUUAUAUUAAAGACAUUAAGUGAGCUAUUUGCUCUAGUUCCAUCACUGACAGUGAACACUUCUGAAUAUGAGAAUUUUAAAGUUCAAGUUCUCAGCUUCCUCUGGAGUCACUCUCAAAGCAAGGAUCCUACUGUGGCAACUGCUGCGUACAAAUCCUUGUCAGCAUUUGGUUCCGAAGAGCACACCAUUCUUCAUCUCCCUGAAGAGGUAAGGCCAGAAAUUGAUCUCCCAGAAGAGCUGGAUGGAAAUGAAGAAGAAGAGGAGAAGGAGCCAGACCUUUCUGUCCCUGGUUCUUCUUACAUCAAACUACUUUCAGUCACCAGUCCUUCAGUCCUUUCAGCACUUGAAGAGUUUUUUGUAUCACUUGUGAAGCAAGAGAUGGUGAAUAUGCCUCGUGGUAUCUACCAUUCUGCAUUAAGAGGAGGUGCAUCUCGUUCUGACCAAGGGAAGACAAUAGCAGGAAUUCCCAAUUUCAUGUUGAAAAUGUAUGAGAAAAAUAAACAACCAGGCCUGAAAUCUGGCCUUGCAGCUGGUAUGUUGCUUUGCUACGAUCUUCCAAUCCACAUGGGUAAAGAUGGCAAACCCAUCAAUCGAUUCUUGGCCAGUAGAGGGAGGAGCUUCCAGCAGAUCUUAGUGGCUCUUAUUCAUGAGGUGAAUAUCCAGCCAUCUGAAUGGCACCGAUCAAUCCUUCUUCCACAGUCCUGGCUGGGAUUUAUGAAUAGGACAUACCAUGCAGUCUUACAGGGAAGACAGGCAGAGCUGGAUAUGCAGUUAAAACAUGGAAAAGAUGCUCCCGAGGAGAUACAAUACAAGAAAUUUACAGCUUGGCUCUGGGUUAGAGACAUGCUGACUGACCAGAUCAUCAAGUCAGCCUCGAAGGAAAGCCCAGUGGUCAAAGGGAAUUCACUCCUGGCAUUAACCAGUCUUGCUGUUGUUGUAUCUAAACAUGAAAACAGCCUUUCCUCAGAAACUGAUGGGGCACCAGAGAUUGAACCUGAUUUCCUUCCCAUGAAACAGUGGAUUUCUAUGGUGGUCAAUACCCUCUUAGUAAUUGUGGACAGCCAUCACCAGCCCAAGGGACAAGUCUUCUCCUGGUUCUAUCACAAAUCAUACUCUGGUGAAAACACAGCUAGUGCCAUUGCUCGUUCCUGUGCUGCCAUGGCCUUAUCCCUCCUGGUUCCAGUUUUCAUUUUGUCUUGCAAGGAGAAGGUGGAAGAAGUUUUGAGUAUGUUGACUGCUAGAUUACCUGGGAAACCAAGUGCAGAUGAGUCUCAAGCCGUUCAAAUCCACAUGGGCCUUGCUUUGGGGAUGUUUAUCUCUCGUUUGUGUGAGGAGAAAGUCAGUGAUGUAUCUGGCCAACAGUUGAACCUUCUUCUGAUGACAUCUUUGGAUGCUUUGGAAAACUGCUGCUUUGACACCAGUAUCGAAUACAACACUGGUUGCAUCCUCGGAGUAGGACUUGUCCUGUCACUCAUGAGCCACAGCAGUCAAACUGAGUCCCGUGUACACAUUGCUACAUCUCUUCGAAAGCUCUCGACAUACCUGGAUGAGAGUGGGGACCAAAGCAGAACAUUCCAAGAGGUCCUUGCUUACUCUCUCAGUUGUGUAUGCACUUCGGCUUUCGGCGCUGGAAUUAUUGAGGCCAUGGAGGCUGAAGAUAUUAUGAAUAAACUUCGGACAUUAGUUGAAAAUAACCAGCAGAAUUCAGGCUUUGCGUUGGCAUUAGGGAACAUCGUUCAUGGUUUGUCAGUCUGUGGACAUGGAAAAGCAGAAGACUUGAGCAACAGACUACUUCCAGCGUGGAUAAAAAUUGUUCUUACAGAGGGCUCUCCCACAAUGCAAUGCCUAGCAGCUGUUAAUGGUCUGGUUGCCUUGGUUGGUUCUGAAGGUGCAAUCAUGCAGCUGAAAUCAGAAACAAUUCAAGCUUCUCACUUUCAAAGUCAACUUAAUGAAGUAAUCAGAACCAUAACUCAGGUCAUCAGUUUCUCUGGAGUGAUUGGACUGCAGACAAAUGCAGCUUGGCUUCUUGGACAUCUUCAUCUAUCCAGCUUGUCUUCGAGUCAGAGCAGAACAUCUGUUCCUGCUGACUUUAGCUAUUUGCCUGAGAACAGCUUUAUUAGGGCAGCUGUUGACUUUAUCAUUGAAGGAGGGAAGAAAGGUCCUGAAUCUGUUCCUCCUUCCCUGGUGAAAGUAGCCAUGAAACCCAUAGCAACUGUUGGAGAAAAUUACCAGUAUCCUCCUGUGAAUUGGGCUUCCCUGCUUUCCCCUCUUAUGAGACUGAACUUUGGUGAAGAAGUUCAGCAGUUAUCCAUUGAAAUUAUGGUAACCCAGGCACAAUCAUCUCAAAAUGCCGCUAUGCUGUUGGGAAUGUGGGUGGUGCCACCGCUAAUCCACAGUCUGAAUCUGAAAACAAAAAAGUACCUUUUGGCGUCUCUACCACUGUGGAUGAAACAUGUAUCUGAAGACCAGCUCCAGGUUUUCACUGAAGUGUUUAUGGUGCAGCUUUUUGAAGCUUCUCUUGCUGUCCAGGAUCCUGAGUUAUGUCAGAGUGCCUUAGCCUUACAGGGACUUAGCCAGGCUAUGAAACUGCCCAGUCCAGCUCAGUACCUCUGGAGUCAACUCUGCUGGGCUACUGAGAAAAUCUUUGAUCUUUUGCCAAACAAGAUUCGGAGAAGUGAUGUCGACCUGUAUAUCAAUGCAGCAAAAUGCCUUUCAGAAAUGACAGAUGCUGAGAUUGAUCGUAUUACCCAUAUUACUAAGAACAACAUAAAGAAGGCUGCCUUUGUGAAAGUAUAUUUAGUCUCUCAAGGUCGAUUUCCUCUGAUGCACUGGAAUGAUGUUAUUGAGGUUGCAGUUCGAUGUCAAGACAGAGAAACAGUUGCUUGGAUGAUGUUACAUGGUUUAUAUCAUGCCCGAAUUAUAAGCCAUGCAAACACAGGAGUGCUGAAGAGAAUGGAAUGGCUGUUGGAACUGAUGGGUUACAUUAGAAAUGUUGCUUACAAGUCAACAUCUGUUGAGAAUGUGGCUCUUGAAGAGGCUAUCAACUUUCUGUUGCUGCUUUUUGCAGCUUCUGUGGUUGCAUGGGGUGACCACGAUGCCCCUCUCCUGCUUGGACUCAGUGCCAGCUGGUUGCCAUGGCACCACGAAGGAGGCGUAGCUGGGUCCUCUCCUGGUUAUCUUGGCCAGAGUCCAAACAACAAGGUCACCUUGCAGGAGACUCUCACCCUCCUUCCCAGCAGCAUGCUGCUUCUGCUAAGCAAAGAACCAUGGAAGGAGCAAACACAAAAGUUCAUAGAUUGGCUAUUCAGUAUUAUGGAAAGUCCUCAAGAAGCACUCUCAUCAAGUUCCAGAGAUCUUUUAAAAGCUACAACUCUGGCGUUGAGGUUUCUUCCUGAAUUUAAGAAGAAAGUAGUAUGGUCCAGGGCAUAUGGUUGGUAACCAUUCUGCCAGAAGUCAGCAUUCCUAGCUGGAAAAAGAAGGAAUCUUAAGCCUAGUGUUUGUCCAUUCCAGACAUACAGCAGAGAGCAGAAUGACAUAUUGCUGACCGGAUAUUUGGAAAACACAUACCAGGAAUCACCACGGACUGGUUUGAUUAACAGACCAAACUUGGACUGGAAUCUUACAUUGUAUUUUCCUUAAAUUAUAUUUAUUUCAAACUGUAGAGACUUUGUUUUUUAUAAAACCCUAAAAUAUAACACCCAAGAUCCAAGUAAAAAUAAUUUUUGGAGUUAUUGUAUGUAUGUAUGUAUCAUAUUUAUUUUGAAAUUGAAGGGUUUUUCACUUCUAACACUGAAGAGCAAAAAGCCAGGUUACAAGGUGGAUGGCAAUGUCCUCCCUUUCCCACAUUUCCUAUGUACUCUAUAUUAGAUUUGCUUAACUUAAACAAGAUGCCUUAUUCUUUUUUAUUAAAAUAACAUUUUAUAUGAAACGAUAUACAAGCAGAAACAUUAAGUAAUAAACAAGUUAAACUCUGGCUUUAGUGGGGAAGGAUGUUGUUAAAUUCAUUAAGUUUGGCUCAGUUUAGACUUCUUUUUUAAAAGUUAAAAUCAUUUGUUUUGAUUAGAAACACCAGUCAUUUUAGUCAUUGAAAAAAAUAUUUUUAAUUUCCACAAUUUCUUACUAAGGAUCUGGGCUUAAUGUGGUAAUAAAAAAUAAACACUGAAUUAGGAAUCAGAAAAUGUACCUCCUAGGUGAUAUUAAAAGACCUUUCACUGUUAGGUCCUAGUAGGACGUAGCUAUUUUGCUAUUAGCUAUAUAACCUACGACAACUCAUUUUGGCUCUCUGGUUGGUCUUCAGUUUCAUCAUCUAACAAAAAAGUGGGUUGAUAGUAUAAUAUCAAAGGUGUUCAUCUUAUAUAGAGAACCAAUUUACUAUCUGUUCUUCCUAUAUGUUUUAGCUAUUGUUCGAUUUAGCCUAUAAUGUAUGCCUAUGUUUGUAUGCAUACUUACAUAUAUGUAUGCAAAUAUAUUCAUAAGAAGAAAAAAUAUGCAAUUGAGAUAAUGUAGGAUAGCCUUAAAAAUGCCCAUUUUUGUUGUUGGUAAUAAUAGCAGCAAUCAUUGAUUUAUAGAGCAUUUUAAGAUUUAUUGCUCACAAUAAUUUGUUGAACUAGAUAAUGCAAUUAUUGUUAUUCUCACUUUAUAGCUGAGCAAAGUAAGACUGAAAGAUGUCUGAAAGAUUUUCAUGUUUAGGUAGCUGGGAAAUGUUGGAGCUGCUACUUGAGCCUACAUCUUCCGACUCAACAGUCCAGACUUUUUAUCUAAGCUCCUGUGGGGUUGCCAUCCUGACCUGGAGGUAUUCCUGUGCGUUGGAUAGACUGCUGAUGCUUACCUUUCUUGCUUCUCUUGCCUGUCCUGGGUUUGUAGGCCCUGAUACUGUUUAAAACUUGAUCCUCUUUUGUAUAGGACACACAGGGAUUCUGUACCAGAAAACUCAUCAGGGAUUCCCUGCAGCCACCCGUGACUGUUGCUUGAUGAAGUAUUUCGGUGUCUUUUCCCUUCCUUGUUUAUAGCCCACUUUACCUGCUCUGGUGCUCAUUUCUCCGGCCUAAAGUGACCACGGAGACUCUUGUCCUUCCAGCUUUGUUGUAUUGAGCCUGUUAGGGUUCUAGCUGUGUCGACUGGUGGACACUGUCGGAUGUUGUGACGCCAGAAGACUGAGCACUGAAGGAGACACAAGAGAAGUGGACGGGGCCGAUGGAUAGGAAUUAACUCACUGUCGCCUUUUAACAUUUGAGGACGAGGCGUUACGACCUUUGCGCCUUGGUGGUGUUUAUGCUCAAUAGAUGGGUCAAACCUGACCUAGAGAUCUGGACAGGACUUUCUUUUUAUUACUGUAGGAAGGAGGAUGAGCAAUUUUGGAAUAAAGAAGGCAGGGAAAAUGCUGGUAUUAUAAUGGUGGUUGUAGGGACGUUGGACAACCCAAAGAGAGCAUGUCUCAGAUGCUUAAUUCUUCCCAAGGUGGGGGAAAGGGCAGAAUAUUAGAGACCAAUAAGGUCUUUUAAUUUUGCCUUCACCCUAGUCACUAGUCAAUGAAAUCAAUGCUCUACGUUGUGCCAUGCCUGAGUUACCCCUUGGGGAUUCGUUGGGAGACGUUUCAUUCUUCCCACAUUCAACCCAGACACCCAGUUAGACUAGCCUCAGUGUUCGCCAUAUAAGCUGUCCCACUUCCUCAGAGAGAGAAGAGAAGGAGGGAGGGAGGGAGAGGAAGAGAGAGACAGAGAGAGGAAUGUGCAUCUCCUCUCCCUACUCCCUUCCCCACCCAAAAAAAAAACAACCCUCUGUAAAUGGAACAGCAGGUUUCGGAUUUUCCUAUUUAUAGAGACUUCUGGAAUAUAUCCUUCAGCCCAUCAGGCUUCACUAUAUAUGCCAGGCCCUUCUGUUUAGGUACCUAUAAAAGAGAACAAAAUUAUAUGAAUAAGAAUUCUUUUAGAGUAUUAGUUCACUCCAAAUAGUCUUCAAAAUAAAAUACAUAACACGAGGGAGCCGGGCCUGUGGUCGAUGAUAACAUUUUCUCAACUCAAGCUAAGUUGUUCAUUUCUUUAAAACUUAAAAGUCUUAUUGGGUUGCCGACUACAGUCAUGCCCAGAGUCACAUCGCCAGCCUGGGUCAAAGGCCAGACUUGAACGCAAUUCUCGUUUCUCAUGUGAGCGAGGCCAGCUUGCUUUCUACACUAUAAAAUUGCUGGCUCUCUCCAGUAUAAACAGAAGUAACGUAUCCAGUAUGGGAGGUCUUGGUUCUUUCUUUGGUUUGUUUUUGAAAAUAGAAGCUGCCAAGACAUUGUUACCAAACACAAACAGAUAUCUAUGUAAACAAAUUAAUAAAUAGGAGGCUCAUGUUAAAAGGUAUCCCCUGGCUAUGGGAAUCUUGCCUGGUGCCUUGGAAACCUGCUUUCUUCUGGAGCUUACUGCAUUCUUUGGUCAGAUAGAAUAUAUAAAUCUGUGGCAUAUAAAUAGAAAUCUUGACAAAGAAUCAAGACAGAAAUCUUCAAGAAUAUUAUUUGGUAGAUUUAAAACAACUCUGUAAACACAAUAAAUACUCUAGCUGGGGCCUGCCCAGAACAGAAAACUAUAUUCACUGGGUUGUUUUAUUGGCAGCCUCUUUUCUGUGUUUGUCAUUCGGUUUCAGUUGUGUCUAACGGUGACCCCAUUUAAGGUUUUCUUGGCUCCAGCUCAUUUUACAGAUGAAGAAAGUGAGGCACGCAGGGGGAAAUGACUUGCCCUGGGUUCCACAGCGUGUAAAGUUUCUGAGGCCGGAUUUGAACUCAGGAAAAUAAGUUUUCUUGACUCCAGGCCUGGAAUUCCAUCUAUUGUACCACCAAGCUGUGCCUCCUUUAUGUGAACAUCACAUAAAGAAAAAAGUUCCUGUCCCGGAGAAGGAAGUCAUAUCAUAAUUGAGGUUCAUCGCAGAGCGCAGAUAUGACAUCUGAGAAGUGAGAGUAAUCAUGAAAACAAAGAUGAGAACAUCAUGACAAAAUAAUUUUAAUAUUUUUAUACCUGGCCCUGUGAAUCUCAGACACAGAUACUCAAGGUGGACACAUAGAAAUGUGCACGAGGUGCUUAAGUAUUCCUUUAAGGAUGUGAUCUGAAUGGCUAAAGCCUACGAUUUGCAUUACUAAUUAAAUUUGUUUAAGUCAUAGUUCUUAGGAAAGUGAAAACUUGCUCACUGCCAUACAUUUCCUUCCUCUUUUCAGUGUUCUCUGGCCUGAGGAAUUCUACUUUGUCUUCUCUUUUUAGUCAUGGUGUUUCUGGAAGGACUUUAGGUGCUGUUUUUCAUCUGCAUAGACAAAUGUGUGUUCAAGGGGCUUAGUAAAUGCACAUUGUAAUUGCUGAAAAUAUCGAAUUUUUAUAGGGCAAGAUGCCUGUCUUUGUGGACAUUUAAGACUAAUGUUUGUUGACGGGAUCAAAGACAUCAUCUCACGAAUAAACCUGACCAAGCCUAUAAAAAGGAUAGAGUAAAAGAAAUGAUAGUUGCAGGUUUUAGGUCGCUGCCUUCUUAAUGAAGAAACUGAAAAGAUGUGAUGAUAACACUUAGGAUCUUUAGGGUUGAAAGCGAUUUGCUCAGUAAUGGAAAUUUUAUAAAGAAAUAUCCAGAAUUGGUUUAAUCAGUUGUCCUUUUCCGUAGUCUCAGCAGCAUGCAUUGAUGUUGAUAGAUGCUACUGAAGCUUAUUUUGAGAUUUAGGAAUUUCUCCCAGACAUUUGAAAGUGUACUUUGUAAAUAUUUAAAAUACUCUUUUUUCAUGUGUUUAUAUUAUAUUUGAAAUACAGGCAUACCUCAGAGAUAUCACAGACUCCGUUCUAGACCACCACAAUAAAAUGAAUAUCACAAUAAA